GCAGUGGGCUUGUCACUCACUGCUCAUAAAUGCACACUUCAAUACAAAGAAACCUCCCACAUGGGAGGAGGCCAAGGCUCAGCUUUGGGCUGGCGCACCAUAGCCAGUCAUGUAUCAUUUAUUUUUGCACAGUGAAUAACGUGCUUUGAAUGUUCACAACUCAUUUUCAUUGUAAGCCAGUCAUUUUAAUGUGAAGUGUAAUUUCAGAGCAGUUCCUAUCAGAGGAGUGAAGAGAAAAAUUUACCCAAAUACUGAACAUUUGCUCAGAAUUCAUGGAGGACUAAAGAUAUGCAGAUUUAGGAUAGAGCAUUAGUGAAUCAGAGGAUAAUCGGUGAAGUGGAAUCACAACUGGAAGGAACAUGGUCAAGAAAACAAAACAUGAAGCGGUAGUCCUAUGGAAACCUGGACAAACACAUGAUGAUAAUCAGUCCUAUGGCACCCUUUCAUCAUUGCAUUGCAUUAAUACUGGAGAGGCCUUUGCCACAAAAUGUUGAACUUGGACAGUACUGAAUUUGACUUUGCUUCAUGAGGUAUAGUUGUACACAUGGUGUUCUGACCAUAAAAAGCAAAAGAGUUUAGCAAGUAAAUAUUUUAUGGUAAAUUAUAUGGUGAUUUUUUAUCACGAGUAUUAUUCAACGUUGAAAAACGCAUUUGCAUCCGCGACGAUGACGCCACAAAAAAAAAUUAUUCUUUUCUUAUUGUUACUGUUAGUUCUUUCCUUGAACGCUAGAUACUGAAAUAAUUGUACGAAACUCCCGUCAUCUUUGGACGACUUUGAUAACUAUGUAUCUCUGUGGUGGUUAUGUACUUUGCUGUCUUGCUCUGGUGGCAAGUAUAAUAAACUGGCAGUCGCUUUGUGUUGGUCGACCGUAACGAACGGUUUGUGGUAUUAUGCUUGUUGACAUUUUUUAUGGAUUAUUAAUACGACGGCCUUAGUGCCCAGAUAAUUUUUGUACUGCAAGGAACAUAAUUUUUAAAACCAGACAUUUGUUUUCAAACCUGCCUGGUGUAUAGAAUGCACGUUAGCGUUGCAAGUUACCCUUUUGUUUGUGAUAGAGGCUUCGUUCAAGAGGGCUUGUGGGAGGGGUGACAGAAGCAGACCGUGUCAUGUAGCAUUUUGUUAUCAAGAGUCGAUGUGAACUUAAUAGGCAUUUAUCAGACUUGAUUUUUAAUUAAUGAAUGACUGUCAUUUGUGCGUGUUUUUUAAUACGUUUUUGUGCUAAUGCAGAACAUUUUUGACAAUUUGUAAUAUGGUUACAAUACUAUGUGUGUGUGGGGUGUAAGUAGCAACGACCUACGUUGGAUGCAUUGGUUUGAGAAUGAAAGGGAAGAAUUAUGAUAUGAUAUAGAACACUUCUUGAGCUUUCACGGAGAUCGUAGCUUCAGGAACAAGUAUAGCAGUGUUGUUUUGUGGGAACAGCAAAACGUAUUUCGGAGUGGUAAGGCAUUGGCGAUGGAUCUGUGAUGUUACGCAGGCUUAAAAAAUGGAUGGCGAGGAUGUAUCAGAACCCGCCGUUGAAGUUUCUGCCGUCGUUAGAGUUGUGCAAAGGUAGUAAAGGAGUAUUGUCUGCAACACUGAAUAUGUUAUAUGAAAGUGGUGCAUCGGAAUUACGCUUCACAGAUGCUUAGCAAAUGGGAACAUGUGUCAUACAGCUACGACAAAUGUGACCCAAUGUUAGACGAUGGUGGCUAGAAUGUGCAAGAGUCUGUAACAUAUCGUAGUUCAUUGUUCGUGAUGGCCGCCUCUCUUCUGGAAGGCAAGCGAUUCUUCUGCCGGGAGUGGGCUUUCCUCAAGUUAGCACACUCUCUGGAACAACGCCCAGUAUCCAAAACAUGUGGCACGAUGGUGGUUGGAGGACCUGGAACAGGCAAAACAGCCCUGUGCUGUGAGAUAGUUUGGCCCAAACAGGGCUCUGCCUGUAGACAACAACGCAGCCUGAACAGGCGUCUCCUGGCAUACCAUUUCUGUCAAGCCCACGAUACAACUACCCUGUCUCUCUCAGUCUUCGUGCGAAGUCUUGUGUCCCAGCUUCUCGCCAAAUGUUCUCCUCCAUCUACAGACGAAGAUGGAACUAUCCUACAGUCACCAUCUUCUCCACAUAUUCCGAAAGCAUUUUCUGCCGCGGAGGGAUAUGCAGAUAAAGUUCGGAAUGACCCAGAAAUUCUUGCUGCUUUACGCCCGGAAGCUUUAGACAGAGACCCUGACGAAGCUUUAAAACGUGCAGUUCUCUUCCCUUUACUAGAAAUUGAACCUCCAAAACAGUGCCUAUUUUUAUUAGUGGAUUCUAUAGAUGAAGCUCAAAUGUUGAACAUGUCCGGAUCGUUGACUGCGUCAUCUUCAAGUCGCCGUGGAUCGGUCGGAACGAGCAGGACAAUUGCGGAACUUCUGGCGAACCAUCACCAUCUCUUUCCUCAGUGGCUUGUACUCGUUUGCACAGCGAGAAGACAGAGCAAAACCGUAUCACGGAUGUUUACAGGAUUCCGGAAGAUCAGUCUAGACGACCUGAGGAAGUCCCAGGUUGUACGGGAUGUUCAGCAAUACAUUCUCGCCCGUCUGGAUCAAGAAGACUCUCUCAGACAACAUAUUAGUCGGGACACGGCUGAGAUGUUGAACCAACUCCAUAUCAAGAGCAAUGGUUGCUUUCUAUACCUGGAGAAAGUUUUGGACGGUGUUGCCGAAAAUUUCAUUGUUCUAAGGGAGAUACGAGAGAUCCCUGGCACAUUAAAUGGUCUUUAUCUUUGGCUUUGUCAAAGACUUUUCAAUCGAAAACAGUUUUCCAAAGUUCAACCUUUACUUAAUGUAAUUCUUGCAUCAAGAAGACCCUUAACUCAGGAUCAACUUUACCAGUGUGUGUGGACGGCAAAUACCGCAAUGAGCCGUGAGGACUUCCAGAAACGCCUGCACCUGCUGCGGCGGGUGUUAUCGGUGUGUAAGGAUGGCACACUGCUCCUGUUUCACCACAGUUUUGCUGAGUGGUUGUUGGAUGUGAAGCACUGCACACAGAAGUACUUGUGUUCUGCAAGCGAAGGUCAUGCCAUGCUUGCUAUGAACCAUACACUGAGGGCACAUGAACUCACGGCAGAUGAGGUACAGGGCUAUGCACUGCAUUUGAGUCGGCUGCCACCGCUGCCUGCAUCUGCUGCCAGUGAUCUGGCAUCUUCCUGUUCGCUGGAUUACCGCCACGUCAUUCUGCUGUGGUUGAUUGGCUCUGGGGCCCCUGUUGAAGACUGUCUCCUCCAGGUGGAUGGAUUGGAUUGGGAAGAGAGACUGAGCUCAACGCUGCCAACACCUAGAGACCCACGUGUUGUUCGAUUACUCCUCGAAGCAGGUGCUAGGCUGUCAACUGAAGAAGACAGAGGUGAAGCAGGAGAUGGAGAGAGUGGCUGUGAGUGUGCAGAAGUUGUCACAUCUAGUCAGGUAUCAGAUGAAUGUAGCCCAGUCGUGGAAUCGUUGAUUCGUGAUCCUCUUGCUGAAUUGUUGGGGGUUGUGGAUGGGGAUGUUAAUAGGCCAGAUGGGGUUGGACGCACCUUGUUGCACUCAUUGUCAGCUGAAGGAAAUGCGCGACUACUGGAAUUAGCAAUAGCGACAUGUCAUGGUGCAGACCUUGAAGCUACUGAUCGCCAUGGACAGACGCCACUCAAUCUGGCUGCUAGGCAUGGUCAUGGAGAUGUGGUGGCAGUUCUGUUGGCAGCUGGUGCCACACCAGAUCAUGCUGACUGUGAUGGUUGGACUGCACUCAGAGCAGCUGCAUGGGGAGGACACACGCAGGUAGUGGAAUCUCUGCUAGAACAUGGAGCAAUUGUGGACUGUGCAGACUCUGACCAGCGUACAGCUCUACGGGCAGCUGCUUGGGGUGGCCACGAAGACAUUGUGUUAGCACUCCUUCGUCAUGGCGCAGAUGUAAACCGAACAGAUGAUGAGGGCCGCACAGCACUUAUAGCUGCUGCUUAUAUGGGGCAUUCAGAGAUAGUGGAACACCUUCUGGAUUUUGGUGCAGAGAUCAAUCAUGAAGAUGCUGAUGGAAGAACAGCACUCAGUGUGGCAGCUCUUUGUGUACCAGCAAAUGAAGGAUAUGCCAAAGUUGUAAACAUUCUCCUUGAACGAGGGGCUGCAGUCGAUCAUCAGGAUAAGGAUGGAAUGACACCACUGUUGGUUGCAGCAUUUGAAGGACAUAGGGAUGUUUGUGAAUUGCUCUUGGAGUAUGAAGCUGAUGUGGACCAUGCAGACCGUGGGGGCAGAACACCAUUGUGGGCUGCUUCUUCAAUGGGACACUCAAGUGUUGUUGAACUGCUGCUGUUCUGGGGCUGUUAUGUGGAUAGCAUUGACCCAGAGGGGCGAACAGUAUUGAGUGUUGCAGCUGCACAAGGCGGAACAGAUGUUGUCAGUCAGCUGCUUGAUAGAGGACUGGAUGAGCAACACCGUGACAACUCAGGCUGGACACCAUUACAUUAUGCAGCAUUUGAAGGGCAUGCUGAGGUUUGUGCAGCCCUCUUAGAAGCUGGUGCACGUGUGGAUGAGGCUGAUAAUGAUGGCAAGGGACCUUUAAUGCUGGCUGCGCAGGAAGGUCACAUGCAACUUGUGCACAUGCUCCUUGCUGAACGUGGUGCGCCACCAGACCAGCGGGCCCAUGAUGGUAAAACAGCCCUCAGAGUGGCAGCUAUUGAGGGACACUGUGAGGUUGUCCAGAACCUUCUCAGACAUGGUGCUGAUGUGAACAUGAGGGAUGCAGAUGGAAGGAGUACACUGUAUGUCUUGGCAUUAGAGAAUCGUCUCGCAAUGGCCAGAUUUGUUCUUGAGGAAGGAGGAGCUGAUAUUGAAAGCAGAGAUUCUGAGGGCAGAACUCCUUUGCAUGUUAGUGCAUGGCAGGGACAUGUGGAUAUGGUGGCAUUAUUACUUACCAUUGGUAGUGCAGAUGUAAAUGCAACAGAUAAUGAAAAUCGGACAGCACUUCAUUCUGCAUCAUGGCAGGGUCAUGCAUCUAUUGUGAGGUUACUCCUGGAACAUGGUGCAAGGCCAGAUCAUACUUGCAAUCAGGGGGCUACUGCUCUAGGAAUAGCUGCACAAGAAGGCCAUGAGGCCUGUGUGAGAGCCCUACUAACUCAUGGUGCAGAUCCUAACCACUCAGAUCGCUGUGGACGCAAUGCAUUGAGGGUUGCUGCAAAGAGUGGCCAUGAUUCUGUCGUGAGAUUGUUGGAAGAAUUUUCUGCCAGUCAGAAACAACAGUUGGGUCGGCCAGGGAUCAAUGGUGGAGGAAGCAGUAGUGCAACAUCAGUCACAUCUGGUUCUACAGCAGAAACAAAACCAUCAUCAGCAGUUCUGUGCCCACCAGGUCCCUGCCAUGCAUACUCUCCAGUGGAAUCACCAGACUCCAGCAAGCGUCGCUCCUUUGUGUCACUAGGGAAUAAUUCAAGCAAUAGCAAAUCCAGUUCUAAUUUCACUGGCUCCACCAAAAGUUCUCAAAGAUCCCAGGAACCAGGGGGCACCUCUAAUCUUGUCAUGCCUCUUCAGCACACUCAUCAACCACAGGUUGGUGGUCCUGUGUUGUCAUUUACUCAGCAGCUGCAGCAGUGUACUCGUGGCACCAAAACACGUCCACUGAGCAAACUGCUUAGUCCUCUACAGAGUGAACCUCAGAGUCCAAUUUAUGCAUCACCUCCUCAUAGUCCUCUCAGUGAUGUUGCUGUUCCUAGCAGUCCACUGGCCCUCAUGCCCACCACAAAUCACAAGUCAAGUCUGCUGAUGAACCCAGGAAUGGCAGCAGAUCCUCAUUUUGCAAGAGAUACACAUAUGCGCAUAAUCUUGGGAAAUUCUGGGAGUGCUGUAGGGCGAAGUCCAACAUCCAUGCUCUCUUCUCAGCCUUCAAAUGACUUUGGAAACUCAAUUUCUGCUGGCAGUGGAAGCUUGUUGAAACCACGUCGCAAUGGAAUUGUGACAAACCCUGCACUGAGGAUAGUGGCAGGUGUGAAAAAUGGACUAGACGCAGCUGCAGGAAGGAAACACGGCAACCAGACUCAAGCCAGUCGUCUGCAGCAGUCUCGGGCAAAUGGGUUCCAAUGGAGAAAGGAGACCCCACUUUGAGGGUAUUAUGUUUAUCACAAUCUUGUUAUCAUUGUGGAUUGUUUGGUAUCAGACUGUCUCAACCAGUGAUCAUCAGUAACAUAUUGAAGUAUUCUGAUGAAAUUGUGUGUGAAGACAUCACAUCUGGAACUAGUCUUUCAAUGUAGAAUAUUGUUAAGUAGUGCAACAAAAAUCAUAGAGCACAAAGUAUAAAUCUGUCAACAAUUUGACUGUUGAGUGGAAGAUUGCAUUGUAGCGGACCAAUAUUUAAAGUAGUGCGGCCUAUCUGAUUGCAAUUGUCAGGCCUACUAAUUUGUUUUACUGUUAUUAUUUUAACUUUUUCUUUUUCCCAGAGUAUUGAAAUCACACAGUCGCUCAACUUUCUAAUAAUACGUAAAGCAUCCUAGACCUUACCCUUUAUUGUCAAUGCAUCAUGGCUGUUGCACAGUCCAGCUAUCUGUGUCUGUGGGUCACACUUGUUUACCACUAACAGUUAUCCAGAAAUUGAAGUCCAGCCCCAUAUGAUGAAGGUUAAAAUGAUAUUCUACAGUAACCAGAACUUCUCUUGUACUGUGGCUUUAAAAUAGAGUAUUUUGUCAAAAAUCUCUUUCUUCCUGUGGUGCUGCCCAUACAGAUUUUAUGUUUCUGUUUUCUCAUGGUUGUAAUCUACUUACAUUCCUUCUGUAAGAUGGCAAUGAAAAUGAGUAAUAUUUUACUUAUUCAGAUGAAAGUUUUAAAUUUUAAGUUUAAUACCAUUCUGUAAUAUUUAUGCUUUUGAUGUUUACAUCGGUCAGAGAUGAAAUAGUAGACAACACAAUUGUGUCUGGAGGUGAUCCAGAAGUAUUACCGUAUCCGAUCAAGUGGUUUUUUUUAUUUACUUAGUCUUUUAAUCAGUAACAUAAAAAUACAAUCCGAAAAAUUUAAAAAACAAUAGUUUCAAACAAUCACACUAUUUCGUUUCAGUUUUUUGUGGGUUGAAGUGACCAGACAUAAAAUUAGCAUCGCGUUAAAGUUCCUCCUAUAAAAUAAUUGUACAAAUUAUGGCCACUUGCCCCUGAAACUUUUGUUGCAACAUAAUAUUACAUUUUGAUUAUUUCUCCACAC